AUAAAUAUUUUAAGGUUAUAAAAAUAGCAAAACGUUAAUUGUGUCGUGUUUUUGGACAUCUAGUUUCUGUUUUGAUUGGAGUCGUUUAAGAAUUUUCAUCUACUAAAGCUCGUAAAAAUGUUUAGAAACAACAUAUUGCCAUUGAUAUCUGCGUGUUCUGUCGGGAUUGGAGCUUUUCUCGGAGCAAAAUAUGAACGACUGAAAAAUCGACCUUCAGCAACUGAAGAUGGUUUGAGUAGUUACCUCCCUUCUUUCCAAGAUGUUCAUGCAGCAUCUGCGCUCCCAACGUCAUUUACAGGCGUUGCACAGUCUAGUAAUCCCUCGACGAUCAUGCGAUACGGAUUUCCAUCAUUGGACAACAUUAGAACCUUCGAUGACUUUGUGCUUGCUUAUGACAAGAGAAAUAAAAACCCACACUGGGUUUUUGAACAUUUAACUCCAGAUAAGCUCCCGUCUAGCUCCGCAUCCUCAGCGAAUCGAAAGAACUCAAACUUUUUUGAAGAUGAUAAAAUUCAUGAGAAGCACAGGAGUCUUUUAUCAGACUACAAAGGCAGUGGUUUUGAUCGCGGACACAUGGCAGCAGCUGGCAAUCAUCGACAUAGUCAACAAGCCAUGGACCAGACAUUUACACUUAGUAAUAUUUCACCACAGGUUGGAGAGGGCUUCAAUCGUGGCAUCUGGAACAACCUUGAAAAAUAUGUACGAAGCAUUGCCAGAAACAAUCCAAACACUUACGUCUGUACUGGACCAUUGUAUCUUCCAAAACAAGAAUCAGAUGGAAAAAUGUAUGUAAAAUACCAGGUGAUAGGAAAGAACUAUGUGGCAGUACCCACUCAUUUCUUCAAAGUUAUUGCCAUAGAAACAACUACUGGGGAAUAUGAAAUUUUGUCAUUUGUGCUGCCCAAUCAACCACUUAAAGAAGACAUUCCACUGAAAACAUUUUUGACACCAUUGGACGCUGUUGAGAGAUCUUCAGGACUUUUGAUAUUUGAUAAACUUCCACGCAACAAAGUAAAACUCAUAAACCAUCGAAAGCCUUAACGUUUUUCAAUGAAGUUAUUAUAUGAUUAUGUGCUGUGUGGUUGCUAGUAGUUUUUUUUCAUUCUAGCAGUUAGUAGAUAUUGUUAUUAAUUGUGCCUAACUAUGGGAAAACUGGGCUAAAUGCUUGUGCAUAAAGUUUUGUCCCAGAUCAGUCUGUGCAGUCUGCACAGGCUUAUCAGGGACCACACUUUUUGCCUUAGAGGAUUUGUGUUAACAAGAGACUUUCGUAAAUAAAAAAAUGCAAUACUAGUAAAAGCAGAAAAGUGUAGUCACAGUGUAAAGUGUAGAAAAGUGGGAUACACUUUACGCUCAUGCAUAAAGCCCAGUUUACCCAGAAUAAGGCUCAUUUAUAGCCCUGCCAACAAAGUAGAGGAGGUGUACUGUGUUUACUACAGCUUUUUGUUAAUGAUAGAAUCCUUUUUUAAUAAUACAUGUUACAUUUAAAACAUUGCCGGCGCAAAAUUCAUCAUAUUGAUAACAAGAAAUAUCUUUUAAAAAGAUGUACGGCGUUGAUUGUUUAUAAACGAUCAAAAGCUAUAUCUAUUAUAUCAAAAAUAUAGAAUGCCUCUUUUCCGCAAAGUUCUUAGCUGCAUCACACGCAAAUCAAUUACGGGGUGUUGCGCCAGAUUUCAUGGCUUAUUUCGCUUUAUUACAUAUUAUAACAUGCACUCAGAUACAGAUUAUAUUUACAGAAUAGAAAAACACAAAAAGCAUGAAAACAAGUGAAAUCAUAUAGGUCAGCCGGCAACACUCCAAUCUUAUUUCAUUUCAUAAUACAUUUGUAAAUAGUAUCGUGAAUCAUUGUGCUCAUGCUUAAUAAAUUGGUCUAAAUGGAUAAAUAUUUCUAAUUAAAUUAAUUAAAAAUGGCCCUUAUCAUGCAAUUGUUAAAAACACAUUAAAAAUCUAUGAUUUACAUACCAUAAUAAUAUUUCCAAAUAUCUUUAUUUAGUAUCUUUCUGAUCAAAAUAUACUUCAAGUGCACAUAGUUUACGUGAUAGCAUUUAUAUAAUGUUUUCUGUAACUGACUGCAAACUGACCUUGAUACCUUGCGCAUUGGAAUGCAAUGCAUUAAAGUGAGGUAACAAUUCCACUGCUUGAACAACGGCUUGUUUAAAGCUUUAAACAUUUGCGUGUUUAACGGUCGAUUUUGAAAACAAUUUUAAAUAUUUAAUCAGGUUACUGAACAACAAUACUUUAUGAUCUAAAAUUUAUGAGUGCGCAGAAUGCAAUAUGGUAGUAAUUACCAAAUAUGAGAACACAGCCUUUAAACAAACGUUUGGCGCUGACAUUCUUCUAAAUAAAAAGGGGCACACUCUGUCUUGAUGUCGAGAAUUUAGUGUGAAACUGCUCAAUCUCUCAAACCUUAUCAUUAGAGAUACAUGUACAAUUGUUUCAUGUUGAAUACGCAGUUAACAUUGUUGCUAAACAAACUGCAGUAUCCCUUUUCAUACCCUAUACUACCCAAAAAUAGAAUGGAAUAACAUAUUAAUGUUAAUGUGAAAUCUGUUUGUAGAUUGCAUGUUUUCUACUGCAAAAAGUUUCAGGCCUAUCGGCAAGCAAUUUUGUAUUCAAAUUGAUUGGUCGCUUACAAAGGUCAGGAUAAGGUGAAAAGUUGGCUUAUACAGCUAAGCCGAAAAAUGCAUACCAUAAUAAUUUAAUAAUGUGAACCAGCUUUAUUUUGUUUAUAAAAUGUUAUCUCUUGA